AUGGCUGAUGUUAAUAAUGAGGUUGGAAAUCCUAAUCUGGUUAAUGAAGAAGAAAAUGUGCUGGGUACUUCGAUAAGUAAACUUGAUUUUGGUGAUAAAUUAUAUCUUCAUGCUAGUGACACUAUUGGAACACCUUUAAUUUCAUUCAAACUUAAAGGAACUGAGAAUUAUAAAGUAUGGGCUUGUGCCAUGGAACUUGCUUUGGAAACCAAAAAUAAAAUGGGGUUUAUAAUUGGAACCUGUGAAAAACCUUUGGAUAAUGAUAUUUUAGCUAAACAAUGGGAUAGAUGUAAUUCUGUGGUGUUGUCUUGGAUUUUGAGUUCUGUGACUGAAGAGUUGUAUUUGGGCCAAAUUUUUUCUAAAAAUGCAAAAAUUGUUUGGGAUAAAUUGAAAGAAACCUAUGACAAGGUAGAUGGGUCCAUAAUUUUUAACAUACAUCAUAAAAUUAACACUUUAACUCAAAAUGGAGCACCUCUUUCUGAGUACUAUCAUAAGUUGAACUCUCUUUGGAAACAAUAUGAUGCCAUUGUUAAACUGCCUGUCUGCACUUGCAAUGCAGCAAAGGAAAUUCAGGAACAUCAAAAUCUUUUGAAAUUAAUGCAAUUUUUAAUGGGGUUGGAUGAUGUUUACUUACCUAUGAGAAGUAGUAUGUUAACAAAAGACCCUUUGCCCACUGUCAAGGUUGCUUUUGCUCUCAUUUCUAGAGAAGAGUCACAUAGAGGAAUCUCUACUCAUGAUAAUAAUUCAAGACCUCAUAAUUCUGGUUUUGCUGCUAGAUUCUCUGAAAAUGGAAGAAGAAAUUUUGCUAAUAGAUUCAAUCAUGAUAACAGAAACAACAACAGAAUUUUUGAAAAUAGAAACUUUGAAAAUAGAAAUUUUGAGAAUAGAAGAAAUCUUAACACCCCUGUUCAAUGUCAAAGUUGUCAUAAAUAUGGUCACACUCAGGAGAAAUGUUUUGAAAUUGUUGGAUACCCACCUGGAUAUGGCAGAAAUUCUUUUGCAAGAAAGAUUAACAACUCUCCUUUUCAAAGGAACAUGGCUACUAAUAAUGCCAUGGCUCCUGGUAAUCACAACAAUCAUGGUGGUCCUAGUACUUCUUCUAGCUCUAAUGCUGUGCACUCUAAUACUGAUAACUCUCCUGUGUUUCUUACUCAUUUCCAAUAUUCUAAACUGAUGAAUCUUUUGAAUGAAAAAACUCAGUUCAAUUCUCAAUCUCACUCCAAAGGGGCUCAUGCCAAUAUGGCAGGUAUCUUUUAUAAUUCAAAUCCUUUUUUUAAUGCAAACUUCAAUAAAUUUUUCUGUUCAAAUGCUGCUAGAGAAUUCAGUUUUACUAAUCUUGGUUGGAUAAGUGACUUUGGUGCCAACCAACAUAUGACUUGUAAUGAAGAAGAUUUGAUAAAUGUUGAGGAUAUAUCUAUGCUAGGGUUAACUGUUGGACACCCAAAUGGCACACAAGCCAAAAUUCUUAAAAUUGGUGAUCUUUGGUUAACUGAGAACAUACUUUUGUUUGGUGUUUUAUGUGUCCUUGAAUAUUGUGUUAACUUGAUUUCUGUGCAUUGUCUGGCUAGAGAUAGCAAACUGUCCAUAGGAUUUGAUGAAAACUUUUGUUACAUACAGGACUUGAAUUCAAGGAAAGUGAUUGGGAGUGGUAAACAAAAUGAUGGUCUUUAUAUAUUUCAAAAAGAUGUUAGAGGUAGGAAACCUAUGUGCAACUAUGCUAAUUUUCAAUGUAACUUGUCUAAACAAACAUGGCAUAAUAGACUUGGCCAUCCCUCUGACCCUGUUCUGUUCAACCUUAAGGAUAAACUUAAGUUGGACUUACAAAACUCUCCUUCCACUUCACUAUGUGAAAUCUGCCAUAGGGCCAAGCAGAUUAGAGAACCUUUUCCCAAAAGUGUUCAUAACACUCUUGACUUAGGUGAUGUUGUUCACAUUGAUCUCUAG